AUGGACGGGAGUAAGGGCAAAGCACCCCGGCGUGCGGCGGGACCCUGAAGGCCGGCGGCGGGGGAGCUGGAGUCCGGGUCGGCCAGCACAGACGGCGCACCUGGCCUUGACCGCCGACCGGGCCGCGAGGCUCGCGGGGCGAGACCCGCUUCGGAGCCCGUCGCAGCCGCCAGAGAUCAGGGGAUCCCUAGUGGCCGCAGGAAGCCCUCUGCAGAGGGCAACAGCAGCUGCGGAGGGUCACUGGCGGGACCGCCGCCGGAGCCCCGGGGGAGGCGAGGCAGCGGGCGGCGUCGGAGACGCGGCCCCAAGAAGAACCACGAGCCCGGAGAUGGUUGAGGGGGGCGGGUGGAGGAGAGCUUCCCCAGAGAAGGGCGGCCGGGCGAGCGCGGCCGUCGCAAGAGAGGUAGAGGGCGAGGACCGUCGAUCCGUCGGGGCCGCCCGAAGACGCGGAGCCUCGAUGGGGACACUUCGGGCGGGGACGGGGGCAGCUCCUGCCUGGACAGCGAAGCCCGCGAGGCCCCAGAGACUGGCAGCCAGAGCGGCGGGGCUCCGCAGCUGCAGCCCAAGUCGGGGACAACCGACACGGGCUGGGAAGGGACCAGAUCCUGGCCGGAGUCAGCGCCGGAGUCAGGCGAGCGCCGAGCCGCCAGCCGAACCUCCGAGCCGGGCAGGGUCGUCGGAGGCAGGGCCUGGGGGAGCAAGGGAGGAUUCGGGGACGGGGACAGACUCGAGUCUGGAGCGAGUUGGGUCUGGACGCCGCCGCCAGGCAGCCCCGGGGACGAUGAGCUGGGCCGCGCGCGCGCCCCCCGGAGCUCGCAGGCUCCUCGAGACAGCCGGCUGGCCCGGGGCGCGAGUGACCACUGCGCGUCGAACCCGGAGAAGCCGAGCUCUCUGCCCCCGGAGAGAGGCGCCGCCAGCGAGUGGUGGAGCCGCGUACCUGGGCUGCGGCGCCGUCUAGCCCUGCGCCUGGCCGGUGUCGCAGGACUGGCGGGGUAGCCGAGCACUCGCUCUGGCGGAGGAAAAAGCUUCCCACAAGCCGCAAAGAGCCCAGCCUCCAACGACCCCUCCGACGAGGAGAUCCUGGCUGGCGACCCCAGGUUUGCUGUAGUGUUUCCCUAAAUCCGCAGGGCAAGGAGGGCGUCGAGCAUACGGAGCUCAGAGGAAGCGACCGCGGAUGCCCCCGCUGGGAAGGGUGUUUGGCCUCUUGCAGAGGCUGCGGGGGACAGUGAGGGGCCCAGGGUGAGUGAGGAAGGGGCUGCCGGGCCCCGCCGCGGCUCCCUCCUCGCCCCGACUCCCCCCGACGAUUCCCCGCUCUAGGAGAGCGGCUUCAGCCGCGAGACAGAGCCAGAGGUCUUGGAAGCCGAGGCCCCGGUGCACUAGGCACAGCGCUCGGAGCCCCGUGAGGACCCUGGGCCUGGCCCUGAUCCUCUGUUGCCCGGGCUCACCUUGGAGACCCGCUUGGGGCGGGAGAGGCAUCCGGGUUUCUGCGGGUUCCCAACGGAGCAGUGGGAGCCAGAGGACGAGGCAGAGGAGGCGCUGGAGCGGGACCUGGAGCUGAGCCUCAGGCUCUGCCUGGAGGUGCCGCCUGUCCCUGAUGCUGGGCGCAGGAGCCUGGGGGCUGGCCUGGAGGACACGGAGGACCUGGCCUGGUUGCAACUGGUGUCCGACAGUUCCGUGCUGCUGUGCCUCAAGAAGAGGUUUCAUCUGGAUCGAAUCUAUACCUUUGGGGGGCCCCUGCUGCUCGCUCUGAACCCCCGCCGGCCCCUGCCUCUCUUCACGCCUGAGGUCCUGGCCAGCUACCACCCUGGAAAGGCCCCCAACACCACCCCACACAUCUUUGCUAUUGCAGAAGCAGCCCACGACCCGUCUCAGAGGGCCAGGCAGGAAGCGUGCAUCCUCAAGUGCUCUCGCUCCUGCAGUGGGCACAGCGGCUCAGGGAAGAAGACCAAAGCUACCAGACAGAUUAUGCAGUUCCUGAGCAGCCUGGAGCAGAUGAGGGCCUGAGGGUGCCAGCUGGAGGACGUGCUGCCCAUGCUCAGCAGCUUCGGCCACGCCAAGACCGUCCUCAAUGCCACCAGCCACUUUGGCCAGGUCUCAUGCAUCUUCAUGCAGCAGUGAGUGGCGGGGGUCCAGGUGGGCACAGGGGUGUCACAUUAUCUGCUUGAGACCUCAAGGGUGGCGUUUCAGGGCCGGGCCUGCAGGCUCCUGGGCAAGGAGGAUGCCCAGGACUUCGAGGGGCUGGUGAAGGCCCUGCAGGCUCUGGGCUUGUGCCCCGAGGAGCUGCCCACAGUCUGGGCCAUGCUGGCCACCAUCCUGCAGCUGGGCAACAUCUGCUUCUCCUCUUCAGAGCAGGAGUCCCAGGAAGUGGCUGCCGUGUCCAACUGGGCAGAGAUCCACAUGGCAUCUCGGCCGCUGCGGGUGCCGCCUGACCACCUAGAGCGCACUGUCACCCAGAGGGUGACGCCCUGUGGCCGGGUCUCGCGAUCCCUGCCCACAGAGAGUGCCAUUGAUGCCAGGGACACCCUGGCCAAGGCCCUGUACUCGCGGCUCUUUGACUGGCUCCUGAAAAGGACCCACGUGCAGCUGGCACCACCCAGGGAGGGAGGCAGCAUGGGCACCAUCACUGUGGUGGACGUCUACGGCUUUGAGAUGCUGCAGGUGAACAGCCUGGAGCAGCUGUGCAGCAACCUGGAGAGCGAGCGCCUGCAGCACUUCUCCAGCCAGACACUGCUGGCUCAGGAGAAGGAGGAGUGUCGGCAGGAGUUGCUGUCCUGGGUGCCCGUCCCCCAGACUCCACGGGAGUCCUCCCUGGACCUCUUCGCAGGCCAGCCGUACAGCCUCCUGACUAAGCUGGAUGCCCAGACGUGGCUGCCCCAGGCCACGGACCACACCUUCCUCCAGAAGUGCCACUAUCACCAUGGUGACCACCCGACCAAGCCCCAGCUGCCCCUGCCCAUCUUCACUGUGCAGCAUUACGCUGGGACUGUCACAUACCAGGUUCACAAGUUCUUAAACAGAAAUCAAGAUUAUCUUGACCCUGCCGUGGUGGAAAUGCUUAACCAGAGCCAGCUCCAGCUGGUAAGCAGCCUGUUUUAGGAAGCAGAGCCCCAGGCUAGGGGAGGGCGCGGCAAACCCACACUGGCCUCUCGCUUCCAGCAGUCGCCGGGAGACCUCACAGCCCAGCUGCGCAGGAGCCAUGUCUAUUUCAUCCAAUGCCUCAACCCCAACCCCGGAAAGCUUCCAGGCCUCUUUGACGUAGGACACGUGGCUGAGCAGCUGCGCCAGGCAGGCACCCUGGAGGCCAUACGUAAAAGCACUAACUUCCCUGUGCGUGUGCCCUUCAAGGCCCUCCUGGCCAGGUUCUGGUCCCUGGGCCCAGAGGGGCAGGGAGAGCCCUCUGAGCGGGAAAGGUGCAGCGCCAUCCUGAGCCAGGUGCUGGGAGCUGAGUCGCCCCUCUAUCACCUGGGAGGCACCAAGGUUCUGCUGCGGGAGCAGGGCUGGCAGCAGCUGGAGCAGCACCGGACCGAGCAACACGCCCAGGACCUGCUCACCCUGCACUGUGGCCUUCAUGUUUGCAUCUCCCGCCAGCGCCUCCGCCUCCUGCCCCGGAUACAGGCUCGCAUGCGUGGGCUCCAGGCCAGGAAGCGAUACCUCCAGUGGUGGGCAGCUCUGGGACAGCUGAACACCAUCCUGCUGGUGGCCCAGCCCCUGCUCUGGAGGCAGCAGAGACUGCAGCUUGGGUACUGGUGUGGCUGGCACAUCAACGGGGCCUCGGAGAAAGUGCCAAGCAUGGAGCUGGGGCGCUUAGAGAUUCCGGCUGAGCUGGCCGUCAUGCUGAAGAUUGCGGAAGGCCGUCAGCCCGCCUUGGCAAAGAGCAUCACCGAGUCGAUGCCCCCGGAAGUCAGUGCCCGGCCCAGCCUGGCCCUCCCGCCUGACAUCGACCAGUUCCCCUUCUCCAGCUUCAUCUCCAACAGCUUCCAGGAACCCUCCCUGCCCCACCCCGGGCAGCCCCUGGCCAAGCCCCUGACCCGGCUGCACGGCGAGAGCCCUCACCUUGCCCUGGACAUUAACAAGGUGAUGCUGCGGUUCCUGGGGGACGGGUCCCUGCCGUCCUGGCAGGAGCAGGCCAUGGGGACGUACCUGGUGCAGCAGGGGCAGCAGCGGCCGGGCCUACGGGACGAGAUCUUCAGCCAGCUGGUGGCCCAGCUCUGGCACAACCCGGACGAGCAGCAGAGCCAGCGUGGCUGGGCCCUCAUGGCUGUCCUGCUCAGUGCCUUCCCCCCCAUGCCCACCCUGCAGAAGCCACUGCUCAAAUUCGUGUCCGACCAGGCCCCCAGCGGCAUGGCAGCCCUGUGCCAACACAAACUGCUGGGCGCCCUGGAGCAGACACGGCUGGCCCCUGGGGCCACACGGGCCCACGCGCCCACCCAGCUCGAGUGGACUGCCGGAUGGCGGCGGGGCCGCAUGGCGCUGGACGUCUUCACCUUCAGUGAGGAGUGCUACUCGGCUGAGGUGGAGUCCUGGACCACAGGGGAGCAGUUUGCAGGGUGGAUCCUGCAGAGCAGAGGCCUGGAGGUGCCCCCCCGUGGCUGGUCCGUGUCACUGCACUCCAAGGAGGCCUGGCAGGACCUGGCUGGCUGCGACUUCGUGCUGGACCUGAUUGGCCAGACUGAGGACCUGGGGGACCCGGCUGGCCCCCGCAGCUACCCCAUCGCCUCCCACAGCUACCCCAUCACCCCCCAUGGCUCAGCCUCCGAAGACAUCCCCCCUGCCCCUGGCAUCCAGGCCCCCCAGCUGCCCCCAGGACCACCUCCAGAUCCAGCCCCAACACUGCCCAGCAGGGCCCACACAGGGGAGGCCCGGACAUCGGGGAGUCUGGAUGGCUUCCUGGACCACCUCUUCGAGCCAGUCCUCUCCCCCGGCCUCAGCGAUCUGGAGCAGAGCUGGGCUCUUCAAGGCCGCAUGAAAGGAGGGGGCGCCAUUGGGCCCAUGCAGCAGGGUGGCUACCCCAUGGUGUACCCAGGGAUGAUGCAGAUGCCUGGAUACCAGCCCGCGCUGGUGCCUGCACCUGUACCCAUGGUGCCAGCCAUGGGCCCAGUCCCUGCCAUGCCAGCCAUGAUGGUGCCACCGCAGCCACUGCAGCCCGUGGGCCCCAGCCUGGAUGCCAAUCAGCUGGCACUCCAGCAGCAGAACUUCAUCAACCAGCAGGCGCUGAUCCUGGCCCAGCAGAUGACCACCCAGGCCAUGACUUUGACCUUGCAGCAGCAGACCCAGCAGCGGCGGCACCAGAACCAGGCCUCCAGGGCUGCCUCCCCGGCCCCACCCCCAGCUACUACCCCCAAGCCCAAGAAGCCUCCCACCCCCCCGGAGGAGCCCGCCCAUGACCCGGAGUCAGCAAGUGCCAGCUUGAGGGAGCCCUCGGAGGAGGUCAAGGACAGGCCCAGGCACCCCAAGAGCUUCCAGCAGAAACGAGAUUACUUCCAGAAGAUGGGGCAGCAGCAGAUCAAGGUGAAGGUGGUGAAGCCUCCGGCCAAGGUCCACAUCCCGAAGGCAGAGGAGGAGGAGGAAGAGGAAGAGGAAGAAGCGAGAGCAGGUGGGUCUCGUCAUCUUGUCCUCACCUUUCCUCUCCGUGCAGUGUCUCCUCCAUCCCCUCCUCCUCCCCCAGUGGUGAGGAAGCCACUGAAACAGGGUGCGGCCAAAGCUGCAAAUGAGGCUGAGGCUGAGCCAGCCAAGGAGGCCAGGUCUGGAGGUGGCCGAGGGCCGGCUGAGGAGAGGGGGCCCAUGGUGCAAGGCACGGAGCCCAGGGUCCAGCGGCCAGAGCCCAGCCGGGAGAUCCGCAACAUCAUCCGCAUGUACCAGAGCCGCCCGGGGCCUGUGCCUAUACCUGUGCAGCCAUCCAGGCCCCCCAAAAGUUUCCUGAAGAAAAACGACCCCAAGGACGAGGCUCUGGCUAAGCUGGGAAUCAAUGGUGCCUUCUCGUCCCCUUCGAUGCCGUCCCCCAGCCCAGGGAAGGGCCCCUCACCAGCCGUUGCCCCUCGACCCAAGGCUCCCUUUCAGCCUGAGAUCUCCAGCUCCAUCAAGGAGAAGCAGGGCCCCCUUCAGGACCUGUUUGGCCAGACCCCACCCUCUCCCGGUGCACCCCCACCUCCGCCAGCACCCCCACUACCUCUGCUCAAGGACUCAGAGAUCCCUUCAGCUAAGCCCCAUGUCUUGACGGAGCGCAUGGGAGAGGAGGGGGUGUCCACCCGGCUGCUCAUGCCCUCAGGCAGCGUGUGCUUCUCCUACACCGGUGUGCCCUGGAAGCUGUUCCUACGAAAGGAGGUGUUCUACCCCCGGGAGAACUUCAGCCAUCCCUACUGCCUCCGGCUUCUCUGUGAGCAGAUCCUGCGGGACACCUUCGCUGAGUCCUGCAUCCGGAUCUCCCAGGAUGAGCGGCGCAGAAUGAAGGACCUGCUGGGAGACUUGGAGGUGGGCCUGGACUCCAUCGCCUCCGCUGAAGACAGUGUCAAAAAGCGCAUCGUCGUGGCCGCCCGGGACAACUGGACCAAUUACUUCUCCCGUAUCUUCCCAGUCUCGGGCGAGAGUGGCAGCGACGUGCAACUGCUGGGUGUGUCCCACCGGGGGCUGAGACUGCUCAAGGUGGCCCCAGGCUCCAGCUUCCACCCUGACCAGCUAAAGACCCUCUGCUCAUACAGCUUUGCCGAGGUGCUGGGCGUGGAGUGCCGAGGUGCCUCCACCCUGGAGCUGUCACUGAAGGGGGAGCAGCUAGCGCUGCACACGGCCCGGGCAGGCACCAUCAAGGCCAUGGUCGAGCUGUACCUGAAUGAGCGAAAGAAGGACUCUGGCUACGUCAUUGCUCUGCGAAGCUACAUCACCGAUGACAGCAGCCUCCUCAGCUUCCACCGUGGCGACCUCAUCAAGCUGUUGCCUAUGGCCACUCUGGAGCCAGGCUGGCAGUUUGGCUCCAGCGGGGGCCGCUCCGGACUCUUCCCUGCCGACAUGGUGCAGCUGGCAGCCGCCCCUGACUUCUCCACGGAGCAGCAGAGCAGCCGGCGCAGGAGCGUGCUGCAGCGCGGGGAGCCAGGGCUGGUUCCGGGGGCCAAGGCCCCAGAGUGUCCUGCCCAGCCCUGGAACCAGGCUCCCAGCAAAGACUCAGAGACCACCAGUCAGCCCUCCUCGGCAGGCUACAUCUCUCUGUCCACCGACACCCAUAACUACACCAUGCUGGAAUUCGCCCUGCGCUUCUUCCGGAAGUCCCAUACCUCGCUGGAUGCAACAGGUGGAAGUGUCAAGGGAAAGGCCACCGCCAGCCUGGUGCAGUACACCAAGGCACCCAUCCAGGAAUCGCUCAUCAGUUUCAGCGAUGAGGACAAGAACAAGGAGGCCGUGGAAAGCUUCCGAGCUCUGAUGCAGUUCAUGGGGGACCAGUCCAAGCCACGGGGCAAGGAUGAGAUUGUGCUGCUUUAUGAGCUGUUGAAGCUCUGCCAGGAGGAGAACCUCAGGGACGAGAUUUACUGCCAGGUCAUCAAGCAGGUUACGGAACACCCCCGACCGGAAUGCUGCGCUCAAGGCUGGAAAUUCCUUAGCUUGCUUACGGGCUGCUUCCUGCCAUCCACCACCCUGAUGCCCUACGUGACCAAGUUCCUCCAGGAUGCAGGCCAGAGCCAAGAGCUGGCCCGCAGCAGCCAAGAGCACCUCCAGCACGCAGUCAAGUAUGGGGGGCGCAAACAGCUGCCCCUGCCGGGUGAAUUGAAAGCCUUCUUGAAAGGCCACAUGGCCCGCAAGCUUCUGAUUCACCUCCCGGGGGCCGUGGACUACAGGACCAACAUCCAGACGUUCACAGUGGCCACAGAAGUGCUGGAGGAGCUGUGCAGGCACAUGGACAUCACGGACCCAGAAGAAGUGAAGGAAUUCGCCCUCUUCCUCAUUAAAGGGGAAGGCAACCUGGUGCGGCCCCUUUGGCCCUUCGAGUACCUCAACAGCGUGAUGGUGGACCAGGAUGUGAGCCUGCACAGCCGGCGCCUGGGCUGGGAGUACCCGCUACACUUCGACCAUCCCACCUACACCAGCAUACAUUACAGCCAGGUGCUGCGGGACUACCUCCAGGGGAAGCUGCUGGUGAGCGCCCAGGCAGACGCCCAGCUCGCCCACCUGGCAGCCCUGCAGCACCUCAGCAAGGACACCAAGGACCCACCCUCAGAGCAGGACCUGCUACUGUAUGUGCCGAUACAGCUACAACAGCAGCUGAACGUGGCCACCAUAAAAGGCCUGAUGGACCAGGAGCUGAGGCAGCUGCAGUGCCACAGCCAGCAGGAUGCCCAGAUCAGCUUCAUUGAGGCCAUCAGCCAGCUGCCUCUCUUUGGCUACACCGUGUACGUGGUGCUGCGUGUGAGCCAGCUGGCCCUGCCCAGGCCCGGCCUCCUGGGCCUCAACCGCCAGCACCUCGUCCUCAUGGACUCCAGCUCCCAGAAACUGUGCUGCUCCAUCCCCCUGAGUGAAAUGCACCGGGUCCACCUGCUGAGCCCCCGAGAGGAAGGUGGGGCCCCAGGCCUGGAGCUCAACUUCGGCUCGGCCUACAGCCCCCGCACCAUCUGGUUCGAGCUGCAGCAGGCCCAGGAGCUGCAGCACACCAUCGCGUUCCUGCUGGACAGCAGCACCAGUGCCAGCUACUAG